GUUCUGGGAACUGCGACGUCCAAAACAAGAGGUUCGAACAUCAAGGGCGGUUCUUCGAACAAAGCAGGUGGAGGUCCUCUGGACUUCCGAACCAAAGACGGAGAAGUCCUAGAGUCGUCGCAACUGGUACCGGGAGAUGUGGUUUACUUGAGUAAGUCAGCCUUGCGAAGGGGC